AUCCGCGCUUGACGCCUCUUACGUCAGUAGCGUCCAGCCCCUUGCGCUUGCGCAGUGAGCGGAUUGAAGCCGCAGGUGAAGGGUGUAGCAGCAGGGAGCGGAGAAAGGGCAGGAUGCCGUCGUGCAUCGUGAAGGGCUGCAACUUCUCAUGGAAGAAGAAAGACCCCAACAUCAUCCUCCACUCCUUCCCGGGGGACCUCGCCGCCAUCAAGUCCUGGCUCCUGGCCACGGCACAAGCCACAAAGCAAGAAUUUGGGAACGUCGAUGAGCUUUGCCAGAAGAUCCUGGCGGGGAAGGCAAAGGGUCUGUACCGCAUGUGCUCCCAGCAUUUCACCAUGGACUGCUACUACCAGAGGGGGAUGCUGGUGUCUCUGAAGAAGGAAGCCUUACCUUCCAUAUUUCCCGACAAGAAGACCAUCGAGAUGAAGGCCUUGAGACCAAAGACGUAUAAACCCCGAAAGAAGAAAGUUCCUCCACCAAACCUGACACUAGGCGUAGGUGGUGCCCCCACAACGAUGGACAUGGGGGCCGUCAAACUAGAAGACGAUCCGCUUCCACUAACUAGUCCUUAUUUAAUUUCAGAAGAGGGCUACUAUAUACCCCGCGGUGAUCCCUAUACUCGGAGACGGCCAUGGAACGCAGAUUGGAGUGGCAGCAUUGGUGAGGCUUUACCUCCACUAAAGAGGACCAGAACUCUUGGAACAAACACAGAAUACUUUCCUGGCCAGAGACACAAGGCCACCCUCACGGACAAGACCAUCAGCAUGAGACACAAGGAGGUCCAGACGGAAAGAAGCAAAGAGGAUCAGCGGCCAUGCGGUUGCAAGCAGGAGUCCAGAUCGGCCACCCAACUGCCCUCUGUGGUAAGAACCACAAUAUAUCCGUCCAAAGCACUACUGAUGACCGCAGAGUCGCUUCCCACAAAAGACAGUACUCUUGACUUAUCUCAACAUCAACCAUCGGGAAUUGGGUCUUUUUCCAAUCUCAAUGGUCUUCUCGAAUUUCCAAAAUCCAGGUCUACAGAGGUGGUAGGUGUUUGCGACGUAGGAUGUUCCAAUUCGUGGCCCACGCCAAAGGAGGAGAAGCCAUUAGUUCUCCCUGUUUCAUGUAAUCCUGAUGGAGAACUUACCUCAAGACGGGCAAGAAGCAACUCCUCCGUAACAGAAGAAUACGAGGCCAAUGGAGAGCAGUCUGGGGAACUUGGCAUCAAGCCUGAGGACACGGACUUGGCCGGGGUGGAAAUUCCCGGGACUAGCAACUCGUCGGAUCCUAUGUCCGAAAACAAGUACAUCGUUUUCGACAGCUGCCUGGAUAAACUUUUAAUGUACUGCCGAUGCCUCGCCGACGACGGCUGUAACGGGCGCAUAGGGAAGUUAAAAAAAUUCUUUGUUGGGUCUAGCGUGUCCGUGAAGGCAGAGUGCUCCAAUGGCCAUCAGUUUCACAUGUGGGACAGCCAAUCAUAAAUGUCCAAUUUGUAGGGAUAAAAGCAUUCUAGAUAAAUGUUAUAUAAUACUGGGCUAGGGAAUACAUCAUCUUCCAGGAGGGGGGGGGGGAUGGGUGUUUUUGUCCAGUAGACAUGGCCAUUGAUGUAGUGUUCACAUUCACAUAAUAUAUGGAAAUUCGAGAUGAAUUUGCCUUUCUCAACCAGGGUUCCAUGAAAAACUUGGGUUCCUUCCAGAGUUUUCAAGGGCCUUAAUUCAGCAGUGAUGGACCGUUCUCCUGCCUGGUAGUGCCCACGUAGUAUUGGCACCAACACCUCUCACUCUUUCCACUGACCAUCAGUGCAAGGAAGCCCUCCUCUCAUUGACUAACAGCCUUUCUCAUCGAAAGUCCAGUGAAAACCUUGGGUUCCUCCAGAGUUUACUAGGGGUUCAUUCAACAAUGAUGGACUGUUCUGCCUGGUGGUGCCCAUGUAGUAUUGGCACCAACACCACUCACUUUCAACUGGCCACCAGUGCAAGUAAACCCUCCUCUCAUUGACCACUAGUAUGGUCAAGAAGCAACAGUCUUUGUCAACCAAGGUUCCUCCAGAGUUUUCAAGGGCCUUAAUUCAGCAGUGAUGGACCGUUCUCCUGCCUGGUAGUGCCCACGUAGUAUUGGCACCAACACCUCUCACUCUUUCCACUGACCAUCAGUGCAAGGAAGCCCUCCUCUCAUUGGCCAUCAGUAUGGUCAGGACCAACAGCCUUUCUCAUCGAAAGUACAGUGAAAACCUUGGGUUCCUCCAGAGUUUGCUAGGGGUUCAUUCAACAAUGAUGGACUGUUCUGCCUGGUGCUGCCCAUGUAGUAUUGGCACCAACACCACUCACUUCCAACUGGCCACCAGUGCAAGUAAACCCUCCUCUCAUUGACCUAGUAUGGUCAAGAAGCAACAGUCUAUGUCAACCAAGGUUCCUUAAAAACCUUGGGUUCCUCCAGAGUUUUCAAGGGCCUUAAUUCAGCAGUGAGGGACCGUUCUCCUGCCUGUUAGUGCCCACGUAGUAUUGGCACCAACACCUUCCCAGAAGAGUUGAAGCUGUUAUAGCUGCAAAGGGUGGGCCAACUCAAUAAGGAACGCUAUGUACUAAAAC